GAAAAAUAAUCGACCGAUGCGUGUAGCUGUUCUACGAGUGGUCUGAGGCAAGCGUUAGAUUACGAGCGUUUUCACGUGCAACGUUAAUAAUGAUGGUUUUGGUAUACAGCUUGGAGAUUUAACGAUGGUCCUAUUUCGUGUUGUGUAGUGUCUUUGCUGGCAUGCAUCCCACUUAUUAUUUUUUUGCUCCACCAAGAUUUACAUGCUAAAAUCGCCACUGCCCCUAUGCAACCAAGAGUAACGCUUCUGACAAAGGACAGAAACCAGGGAUUAUUUUUCUGCUGCCACAUAUGUAAGGGUUGAGGGGAACUGCUGAAACAGGGUUUGAACCAAAGAAAAUGCAUAAUGCCAACCCUUUUUUCUUGAACGGCACUUUCUGUUAUGAAUUUUGGAUAACUUUUGCCUUUGCUCCUGCCAGAUAAAAUAACCCAAAAUGUUAUGUGAACUUUGACACCGGAAGUGUUCAAGUAACAUACCGGAUAUAACUGUUUUGAGCCAGUGAGCGCAUGAACCAGUGAAAACAGCGGCUAGAUUUUUAAUGUGACAUUUUAAGUGCAGUUUUAGAGACGUGGUCAAAAUAAUCUAGAUAAGGGGUUCGCUGCUACGCUCUGUUCCAACACAUGACUUUUGUCGACAUUUUCAAAUACAGAAUUGCUCCUAGUCCUAGGUCUCUGAAUUUCUUUCCUUUGAGACGGUCAACCAACUGUCCCGCUUCAUAAUUUUGAGGACAUGGAGCAGAACAACAGUUUGCCUCCUUUCCAGGGUCUUGCCUCCCCUCAGAUUCAACUAGCCUAAUGGAGGGCUUGUUCUCACAUCUUUUAAAGGGGGCAAUGACCCCUGGAAUGCCCAUCUUCAGCCCCAUGAUGCCCUAUGGCAGUGGUCUGACUCCCCAACCUGUGACGAACACCAACAGCCUUUCUCUCCUGGAGGAGCAGCAUCGGCAACAACAGCAGCAGCAGGCUUCGACUCAGCAGGGUGGGGUGUCAGGGGGCUCGGGACAGACGCCACAGCUUUAUCACUCCCAAACGGUCACCACCACCACACUGCCGGGAAACACCCCUCUCUACACCACUACACCGCUAACCCCCAUGACACCCAUCACACCUGCCACACCUGCCUCUGAGAGCUCUGGGAUUGUCCCACAACUACAGAAUAUCGUAUCCACUGUGAACUUGGGCUGCAAACUUGACUUAAAAACAAUAGCACUCCGAGCUAGAAAUGCUGAGUACAAUCCAAAGCGAUUUGCUGCUGUUAUCAUGAGAAUACGAGAGCCAAGAACAACUGCACUUAUCUUCAGCUCUGGGAAAAUGGUGUGCACAGGAGCCAAAAGCGAAGAGCAGUCCCGCCUGGCGGCCAGGAAAUAUGCCAGAGUUGUGCAGAAGUUGGGCUUCCCAGCCAAAUUCCUUGAUUUCAAGAUACAGAACAUGGUGGGCAGCUGUGAUGUCAAAUUCCCCAUUCGGUUAGAGGGACUUGUACUAACUCACCAGCAGUUCAGCAGUUAUGAACCAGAGUUAUUCCCUGGGCUAAUCUAUAGAAUGAUCAAACCCAGAAUUGUCCUGUUGAUAUUCGUUUCAGGGAAAGUUGUAUUAACAGGUGCAAAGGUGAGAGGAGAAAUUUAUGAAGCAUUUGAAAACAUCUACCCCAUCUUGAAAGGAUUCAGGAAGACGACGUAAAUAUGUCUGACCAUUUAUUUUUUAAAUUUGUUUUAAUAGUCACAGGGACACUUGUCCUAUGUUGUGACCUGUUACUUUGGGACUCUGAUUGAACCUGUACAGUUUAAUCAACAAAUCAGGGACCCCUCCUAUUCACCUUAAAGGGAUACUUUUGAGAUUUUGGCAAUGAGGCCUUUUUAUCUACUUAGUCAGAUGACCUCGUGGAUACCAUUUUUAUGUCUGUUUCCAGUAUGAAGGAAGUGAAAGGUAGUUUUGUGAGUUAAUGCUAGACUUCCAGUCACUGCGCUAAUGCUAGUUAGCAUUGGCUCGCGAAACUACCUCUAACUUCCUUCAUGCUGGACACACAUCGUAUUCACGAGUAGAUCUGAAUCUGGGGGAGUAGAUAAAGGUGAUACUAGGAGAAAUGCUGUAUUUUAGCAGUUUUAUUUAUUUUUAAGUGACUCUUGCUUGUUAUUAAAUGAGGCAGUCUUGGCUGGCUUUUAAUUUUUCUAAAGUAGGUUUUAUUGUUAACCUACAGUUUCUGUGCGUCUUUGUCCACACAUUCCCUAUAGACAUUUUAAGAUUCUUUAAAUGGUGUUUAGUCUUUUUCAUUGUUGUAUGAAGAAUCUCACUUGGGCAAGGCUUAACUACCCAAUUUGUCAUUAUUUGAACAUUGUUUGGAUGACUGGUACUGAAGGCAAGAAAAAUGGAACAUUAAUCAUACAACCUUAGUCUGCAUCUUAGGAAUGUUAGUCAUAUCUUAUUUCUCAUUCAGUUUUUGGUCAUGAUUGAAGAACCCUCAUGUUUUAAUGUUAUAAUGGACUAACUAGCCUAAUUCACUAUGGAUUUUGUUUCAGUUUACACACUGUAUUUUUGGUCUACCAUGAAAGCCUUGUCAGUAAUUUGUUCUAGUUUUAAAUGUUAUUUUGCUACCUUGUGCAGUUAAAUGUUUCCUUACCGAUUGAUCUCCCUCCUUUAGUUUAAAAAGCUUUGUCUUCAGGGUAGGGCAAGAUUUACAACAAUCCAGGGAAUGACUGUGCAUGACCAGUUUAAUGAAUGGACUCAAUGUCACAUGACAUUAACAUGCUAAGUGUGUUUUAAUUUGAGCUUUAAUGCUCUAAAAAUAACAUUGCAUUACAGAAUGUUUUUAAACCUGUUGAAACUAUGCAAACUAUUAGUCCUAUGGCAAAACAAAUGACAUGUCUUUUGCUUAUGGUGAUAAAGUAAGAAUGUAACAACCUGAA